AUGCCAGAGACGCCCGCAGCAACACCGACAAAAGACAAUGAAGUCAAAGGUGCUGCAACGACAGCAAAUGGUUCAAAUGGGAAAAAAUUCGAAGGUGAUGGACUUCCAUUUAAAGGUAAACUCAUUGGUAUGGAAGAUUUAUCGAUUGAUCGCAAUGAAAAAAUUUGUCUCGAUUCGAUGUUUAAACUCAAAGCUGUUGUGAGUGCUCGCGGAGAACACAAACAAAAAGUUCAAAUGAACUUAACUACAAGUGCUGUUAAAAUUAUCGAUGACGCCACUAAAGUACAAAUAGCUAGUCAUGAAAUUGAACGUAUAUCAUUUGUUGUUAUUGAUCCUCGGGAUACACGAGCAUUUGGAUAUAUUUAUAAUACAACUGAUGAUCGCCAUCAAUUUUGGGCUAUUAAAACUGAGCGAGCAGCUGCUGUAACUGUGCUUGCACUUAAAGAGCUAUUUGAGUUUGCUUUUGAACAAUUUACAAAUGCUGAAAAAGCUAGAGAAACAAAUCAACCACCAGCUGUACCAGCGCCAUCACCGGUGCAGACUGCUCCAGCACAAGCGCCAGUACCAGUUGCUACUGUCUUACCACCAACACAAACUGUGCCUGUUUCUCCACUACCACCACCACCACAAUCACCACAACAACAACAACAACCACAACCACCACAACCGCUGUUUCUAACACCCGAUGUUCCUCCAGCUGCGGCACCAUCAAUUAUUGAUGGUGAUCUUUGGGGAGACAGCACUACUACUACAACAACAACUACACAACCAAGUCAGAAACCAAUGGAUGAUUUAUUCAAUUUCAAUGAGACUCCUGCCGCUGUUACACAAACAUCACCACCUCCACAAUCAAUUGACCCAUUGGCCGAUAUAUUCGGUGGACUAACAACGGCAACAGUGAUUCCUCAAGCUACGGUUCCUGUCGCAAAUAAUAAUCCAUUGUCGGAUCCAUGGUUUAAUACGCCUCCAACACCGAUACCUUCUCUACCAGUAAUUAAUCCAACUACUGGCUAUUACACACAAUCGAUGAGUUAUAACACUACACCAACGUAUAAUCAACCACCUCAAACAAUGGGAUAUUCAUCGAUGCCUCCUCCUCUACAAGCACAAGCACCAUCAAAUUUGUUAACUCCUACUUCUACUUCACCGAUUGCUCCAGCAACGGUUUCGAAUCCAUUUGGUGAUCUUGAUUUGCUCGGUCUAUCUUCAAAACCAGCGAAAACAACACGUGACUUAUUCUUCACUAAUACACCACCAGCGAAAACAAUGCAGCAAUUGCAAAUGGAAAAGCAGUUAAAUGCAUUUUAUCGACCCUGA